AUGUCCUCGGCAACAACUACGCUAGAUGAUAUCAUAGACGAGCUCAGGCUCAAGUACGACUCGUCUGUAGGUCUUUUAGACGGCAAGGCGAUAAGAGAAAUCCCUAAUCUCAACACACUUUACAACUUGACAAAGCUUCUAGGGAACUUGGGCAAAAACUUGAAGGAAGCUGAAGACAGAGACCAGGCUUUGCUAGACAAGGUGGAAGCUAAGCUCAGUGAAGAUCUGAAUACAGAAGAUAAAGAAAAAGAGGAGAAUGACGUGGAGGACGAGAGUAUACCGUUGGCCAAGAGGAGAAAGGUCGAAAGUUCGAAGCUGAAGUCGGACAAGGAGGAAGAAGAUGCUAUGGAGGUGGAUAAGGAAGAGAGUGGUGAAGAAGAGGAGGCAGAGCUCAAGGAUGCUAAUGAUAAUUUUGAAGAUGCAGAAGAGCAAGGCGAAGAAGGUAAGGCGUCGCCGCCGCCCGAAGAGCCAGCAGAGAGAAUCAAUACAAAAGACGACCCUGUUCCACCUGAACAGAGAGGCUCUUACACACACGAAAACGAUACCAGGUUGAAGAACCCCAAGUCUGAGUUUGUUCCAUCGCAAACUCUUUCAGCUGAUGCCAUCGCCGAGCUUGGUCUCUUUUCCGAGGACAACAAUGGCCUCGAUACUCAAGGUAAAGACUACCUCAAACGCAAGUAUGGUGUGGCCUCAUACCCUGAAAGUGACCUUAAGGACUUGCUUCCAGGUGAAAUCCCCAAUACUGAUUUUUCGAAGCACAAGGCUCCCUCCAACCAGGUCCAGUUUACAACAUAUCAAUCCUACAUUGAAUCAUUUUUCCGCCCGUUUUCUAACGACGACAUUCAUUUUGCCAACGAGAAGUACGUGCUUCCGCCGGGUUUCGAAAAAGGCGAUUACGACCCAGCCACAAGCCCUUACUUGAUCCCAAAACUCGGGCCUUUCUAUGCUGAUGUUUGGGCCGAGGAGGAUGCCAAUUUACGUUCCAAGUUGAGCUCGCCUGCACCACAGAAGCCUCCAUUGGAGUCUUAUAAACCCAAGGGAACACAGGAUGAUGUCAAUGAUGAGAAGCUUCUAACAGAAGAUGUAUCCGUGGGACCCCUCUCCAGUCGAUUGCUUUCUGCAAUUCUCAGUAUACACGAAGCUAAGGGAGAAAGCGCAAGAGACGACGAUGAGGAAUCCAUAAAAAGCGAAGAUACCCGAUCCGAAGCAAAUAUGUCGCUUGACGAGGAUGUUGCUACACAGCUUGAUAGCGAUGCUUACAGAGUCACAUCCGAGGUUAAUGAUUUCUACUCCAUGGAGGAGAGACUCAAACGUGAGCUCAAGUACAUUGGUAUCUUCAUGAAUAUGCCCACAAAGGGAGAGAAGGCCAAGCGUGGAGGCAGCAUCAUUGACAGCGACGAAUGGCUCCUUCACAAAGAGGACGACGAAGUGAGUGCCGAAAUACGUGUUCUUCAGGAAGAACUCAAGGGCGCCGUUGUUCGCAACAGACAAAGAAAGAAGGUACUUGUUCCCGUUCUCGAGGAGCAGCUCGCUUACCAAGAAUAUUGUACUAUAUUAGAAGACUUGGAUAACCAGGUCAACACAGCCUACACGAAAAGACUCAAGGCCAAGAGCAGAAAGAAGAAGACACCUGAAGGCACAGUCAACGUUGCUCAGCAACAAGCCGCUAACAGUGGUUUGCGUGCACUUAUGGAGAAGAGACGCAGGUGGAUUGAGAGCAUUGGUUCUUUAUUCAAGCCACCACAAUUAAUGAAGCGGGUUCCUACAGAAUCUAUAUUUAAGGACCAGGUGCAUUCAGAUGAUGAAGAAGGAGAAGCUGAGGUUGACGUUGUCAACGAAGAAGAACCAGUAGCCUAA